UAAAUGUGUCUGAUGGAGAGACAGAAUUUGUUGGCUUUUGCUCUCCUCUCCUCUCUGUCUUCGCUUUUUUUUCUUGAUUUCAGUGUUUUCAUUUCAGAAGAAAGUGUUUUUGUGUUAGAUUCAGACCACAAAGUUUAGAUUUUUUGGUGGAAGCUGAAGACAAUCUGCCAAUUUGCAACUGGGGUUUAUACAGAGUGAGCAAAUUCUUCAGGGUUCUUCGGGAAAAAUGAGUCUUUUGUACACUCCAAAUUUCAAAUAUCCACAGAGUGAGUUGAGAAAGAACCAAGAGUUCAUGGAUUCAAGUCACCAUUAUCAAGAAGAAAACGACCACCAGCAUAAUUCUGGCCUAAUGCGGUACCGUUCAGCUCCAAGUUCAUUCUUUGAGAGUCUUGCCAAUGGAAGCAGUGGGGGUGUUAAUAAUUCUGAAGAUUAUCGAUAUUUUCGAUCUUCAAGUCCUGAAAUGGACGGUUUUCUGGCAAAAUAUAUGCUGCCAUGUAACGGUUCUGGGGAUUCUGGUUCUCAUGAUUUGCAAGAAUUCGGUGAAAAAGCUAUGAAACAAGAAGACGCUGGGCCUGUUCCUCAACAGACCGGUUAUUCAAAUGUUUCCUCACAGAUGAUUUACCAAAGUUUACCAACUCAUAAUUUGACUAAUGAUAAUUCUGUGAGUGUUGGUAGUACUAUGGAUACUUCAUUUGGUGCUGUGAAUCACUCUAUGCGCUUGGAGAAUUCGAUUCAGGCGAAAAUGGGUGCUGGAAAUGGCUCCAAUCUUGCCAGGCAAAAUAGCUCCCCACCUGGACUCUUCUCCAACCUAGGCGUUGACAAUGGCUUUAAUGUAAUGAGGGAUGUGGGAUGCUUUAGAGCUUCAAAUGGUACCAAUGGAGAAGCUAGCCCAUCAGGUAGUCGGUUAAAUAAUCGUAUAAACUUUUCAUCUGGAUCAUCUUCAAGACUUAUGCCUCAGAUUGGUGAAAUUGGGAGCCAGAACAUUGGGACCAGUAGCCCGGAGAAAAAUUUGGGCAGUAAUAAUGGUAGCACUAGGCAGUACAUGUCGAAUUUCUCGACUGAUUCUUGGGAUGAUACUUCAUUCAGUGGCCUGAAUAGAGCUAGAGACCAUGAUGGGAGCAUGUUUUUUGGUUUAAGUACUUUGGAAACUCAGAAUGGAAAUUCUGGACACCAGCCUACUCGCUUGACGCACCAUUUGAGCUUGCCUAAAACUUCUGCCGAGAUGGCCACUGUAGAGAAGCUUCUGCAAUUUCAAGGUUCUGUUCCUUGCAAGAUUCGAGCCAAAAGAGGUUGUGCCACUCAUCCACGAAGCAUUGCAGAGAGGGUAAGAAGAACAAGAAUCAGCGAAAGAAUGAGGAAGCUGCAAGAGCUUUUCCCGAACAUGGACAAGGUAGUUAAGACUCUAGAUUUGACAAAUGACACUCACAUGUUACAUGUUUUCGCGCAAAUUUUCAUCUGAACUAAAAUACUAUAUAUGUUUUCUUCUUGACAGCAAACAAACACAGCUGAUAUGUUAGAUCUGGCAGUUGAGUACAUUAAAGAUCUUCAGAAAGAAGUCAAGACGCUCAUGGAUACUCGAUCAAAAUGCAAAUGUUCAAGUAAACAGAAACCAUAUUGAAAUAUUCAGAAUACUUGUGUUCUGUCUGGUUUAGUUGUUUCUGUACAGAUAGCAAUAGGAAAUUGGUGGGAGAUGACAAAGAAAGCUAACCCCUCAUUUCCAAUGCACUUUACAAUAAUAGGGUAGUGAGAAAUUGUUGUUUUGGAGAAGAAAUGUUGCUGUAAUUUAUUGUAAGAUCUAGUUCUGAAUCACUAGGCUAAAUGGCUAGUUGUCUUAUUUGUAUUUUAGUUGAAAAAAAUAGAAGAAAAAAAAAAUUAUUGUCCUUCUUC